AGACAAUGUAAGGCGGCAUGAGAUACAAAGGGGUAGUGACCACAACAAACUGUUCCGGGGUAGAACUGUGUAACUGAGUGUUACUGAGUGUAACUGAGUGUAACUGAGUGUUACUGAGUGUAACUGAGUGUUACUGAGAGACAUUGUGUGUCACUGAGAGUGAAGAAGGAUGGGAGCUGGAGCAUCAAGUCAACCGGGGAUACCGGGCAUCAAUAUCGAGAUCAGUAACAGUGUUGUUGAUCUCGGAUCUGAGUCAACAAACGAAGCUUCCACUCAGGGUCUAGGUGUACCGGGCAGUUUGGGACUACCCCGGAAGACGAACUUGUCAAGACACCACAGCAGUAGGAGGAAACGUGACAAGGAUAUCCUAAGGAGAGACAGCUCCAAGCGGCGAACUGACAAACCUAUCACUAUACAGGUGAAGCAGGGAUGUCCAGGUGUUGAUAUUAGUAACUCUAAAUUACAAAACAUCGCAAAAGAGCUGUUCCAACGUCCUGACAUAGCCAACGUACGCUGGAUGGACGCCUCGUACAACGAGCUCAUCGAAAUAACGGGCGACAUCAUCAAACUUGUCAGUUUAACUUCCCUGAACAUCGACAACAACUUCAUAUCAGAACUCUCAGACUCCUUAGCGACCCUGUGUAAACUCAGUAAACUGAUUCUCAGCAACAACAGACUCAGAGUUUUCUCUCCCACUCUGCUCCAACUAUCAAGUCUCACUGAACUCUCCCUAAGUAACAACAAGUUGAGCGAACUGCCCGAUCAGAUGGGCGAGCUGUGUAAUCUUGUUUGUUUGUACGUGUCCCAUAAUACUCUCCAGUCACUUCCUGAUUCUAUGGGUCGACUAAGGAAGCUCCGAGUACUGGAUAUAAGGUACAACAACAUUAGAACUCUGCCUGAAUCUAUCGAGAACAUGUCAGCUCUGGAGCGUCUCCAGGCGUACUGUAACGAUAUCGAGAGAUUACCCGAGGGGAUUGGGUCCUGUUCUCGACUCAGAGUUUUGAGAAUCAGUUCAAACAAACUCUCAACUCUCCCGGUCUCUUUAGGGAACCUAGUUUUGUUGGAAACUCUAGACGUCCACAAUAACAAACUCUCUUUUCUACCAGAUUGUGUGUGUGAACUGUCCGGACUGAUUGAGCUCCACAUAGGAGACAACGAAAUAAGCUAUCUUAAUGAUAAGAUAAGCGGAAUGAAAAAACUGCAGACCCUCAAAGCAAACAGUAAUGGUCUGCAGUGCCUACCGACCUUCUUAGAUUCACUGACUAGCCUCCGGUAUCUGCACAUCAGAAACAAUUACAUCAGAACUCUACCGGAAACAAUGAAUAAUCUGCAGAGUUUGCUGGUGUUUGAUGCUAAAAAUAACCCCAUACAUUUUCCUCCUCGGGAAGUAUGGGAGCGAGGUUUAUCUGCAAUAACAGCUUACUUUGAAGAGAUAAAACGGUCAGGUUCAUCUCGGUCAUCCAGACUAAAGAUAACAGUUCUGGGAAGUGAGGGGGCAGGAAAAAGCUCCUUCAUCCACUGUCUAACUAAAUCAUGUGUAAAGGAGGACUUGGAACGGACUGCUGGAAUUGAGGUUACCCGGUGGAUUCCGGUUGAGGAUCCUAACAUGGCUUUUAUUUUGUGGGACCACUCUGGUAACCCUCUUUACGAUGCAACACAUCAGUUCUUCUUCAGUCCCGGAUCUCUUGUCUUCCUGGUGGUCAACUUACACCAGUAUCAGUAUCAGAACCCCGACAGUUAUCUCAGUUGUGUUGGCAAGUUUGUGAACAUGUUGAGGCAGUUUGGUGGUGAAAGUGUAAUACAAAUAGUGGGUACCCACAGCGAUCUGUGUAACAUCAACGAGAUCAGUAACAAGUGUGAUGAAAUCAUAAGGAAUAUCCAGUCCGAUGUCAAUAUAAUUACCAAAGACUUUGAUCACCGGAUAACUAAAGCGAGGGAUAUGGCAGAGUUAUUUCAACGCUACCAAAAGUCCCAUAAUCAUAGUGAGGUAGAACCAUACUCUGCCCCUAGCCCUCUCUCCCCUUCUGCUACUGAAGAUCCUGUUAACGACGUUGUUGAUUAUAUAAAGAAAGUGAAGGUAAAUCAGCCCAAGUUCCUGUCCAAUGUACCCAAAGUAUGCGGUAUAAAUGAAAUGGAAGGUAUCAAGGACUUCAGGCGCAUCUUAUUCAAAUUAACACAGGAUAAGAAGCGGUACCCGACUGUUGAACUGUUUCUGCCCCGAUCGUGGUUAGACUUAGAAGCGGAGGUAAAGACCUUGAAGGAGAGGUCCCUCGUUCCUGUUAUACCUCUUCAAAACUUAAUAGAUAUAGCUCAGGAGAAGGACCCCCACUUUAAAGAUAAAGAUAUCCUGGAAGCUCUGUUAUACCUGCACAUGACGGGAGAAGUACUACAUUUUGUUGGGAUACCAGGUCUGAAGGACUACGUGUUCGUGUCUCCCACAUGGCUUAUAGACGUUAUCAAAUGUGUUAUCAGCCCAGACUUACAGAGCACACUGGAUACUGGUCCCCUACCUGGUAGCAAGAUGCCGCGAGAUAAGAUGAUGACCCUCUGGGACGAGUUUAAUCUGGAUCAGGACCAGUACUCGCUACUCCAGACUCUGGCUACUUCCUUUGGACUGUGGUACGCUGAACAGGGUGGUUAUGUGAUUCCUACCCUUAUGAGAGACGUAACUUCUGAGCUAGCGGUUGAGAAAGUAGCAGUGCUAAAAGGAAUUUCCACGGUGUCCGGGAAUGAGGUGCAGUAUCAUAAUCUACCUUCCAACGAGUACCAGAUCAUCAUGAAGUUUGUUUUUCCUCAUAAUAUGCCCAAAGGUCUGUUUGGUAGAAUAACAGUGAGGUGCAGGAGACACUGUACACAGUACCACUACCACAGCACAACCUGUCUCUGGGCCGAGAAACACGGUGUCUCCAUCGUCUGUCUCAACAGCACCGAUGACUCAGGCGGGAACUGUUUAACAAUUUGCACUAGAUCUGUCAAAGAUAAACUUCUUCCACUGUGGCGAAUGCUCUUAGCAUUUUUGAACGAGAUAGAAGAACUGUUGUCACAGUGGCAAGGUUUACUCUUCUACCGGUACUUGGUAUGUCCCCACUGUUUCCUCGCUAAUGAGACCGAACCGUUUCACUUUCUCGGCGAGUGGUACAAAGCCAACAUAAACCGCCUACCUGAGAUCGUCAAGAUUGCGUGUCCUGUGGCCAGAGGAGCAGUUAGAGUUCACCUCAAGCUACUUUAUCCUCCUAAAAACGCCCACGUGCAGCCGACCCAGGUAUCUGAGAGUGAGAUCCAGUUAGUAGCUGCCACGGUCAGCGAGCACUGGACCCUUCUAGCUAACAUUCUCGGCAUCGUGGAGGACGAAUUUACCAAGUUCUCAGUGCUCAGUACGUCAGAUUCAGAGAGCCAAGUUACUGCGAUGUUGAAAUAUUGGGUGGAGCAGAGACAAGAGGAUGCCACUAGUGAGGAGCUCCAGAACGCUCUCAAAAUUCUGAACAAAAUAACAUGCCCACCAGGGGACGAGGACCAAACGGAGAGGACGGAAACCAUAGCAAUAGCAACCAACAAGAAUGAACUACCAACGGUGGCCGUAAACUUAUAACCAUGGCUACCAGCGGACUGUUGCUUAAUAAAACUUUAACGUUUAAAUUAUCUGUCGUUCUGCAAGUUCUAGAAUCUAAUGAUUAAGAUCUGGUGGCCAACUGGGCUUCAACUUCAGUGGUGUUAGCGUAAUAAACUGCCAGUUUAGCAGUCUACCAGUAAAACUAGGUUCGUAACAUUGCAUUGCUCCUUUAUUUCACGGCAGUGAUCAGGGAAUUAUAACUAUGUAGUUGCAUUUUUCAAUGCUUAUUAGACAAAUACUGACAAACUAACUAACUGGGAAAGGAGAGUUCUGGAAGAUGGGGAUCGUCAUGAUGACAUGAUCUGUUGUCGAUUUUUAUUUUUUGAAUACCACUACCAGAUCUUGGUUAAAUGUGUACAGCGCACCGUAGAUCAGACUUCUUUUAAUCACAUUAUUUUCACUCUACAAAAGAAAUUCACGUACCUAUAAGUAUGCCCGGUAUUUGAGUGAGGCUUCUGGUUGGCCGGCAGGGGUGUGUAAUUGUAUUUCCACGGUCUUUAUUAUAUUUUGACUUUAGUUUGUGGCGCUGAAUACCUUAGCGUGAAAAAAGGGGCCUGGUUAAUUUAUAGUUUUUCCAUGGUUUUAUACGGCUACCUGUUAGAGCACACUACUUUUCAAAGCCUUUGGUUUCCUUGGUCCUGCAUUGCUUAACGACUGGUGCAUGUAUAGCGAAUAGUACUGCCUUUCCAUGCAGUAGGUUAAUGCAACGCAGACAGAAAAGCAACAAAAUCAAUAAAACUUGCUAAUGCUAUUUAUAGAGGAAGUUAGCAGAUGAUGGAAAUGUAGCCUCCACUUUGCACACGAUUAUAUUACGCAAUUCUUUUUUGUUUAUUCAUAAUGAGCAGUUGUUGUUCGACGUUUCGUUAAUAUUUGAUAUCUUUUAAUGCCCCCAUUUAAUUAUUUGUUGACUACUAAACAUGGAUUAUUAUAGUUGAAGUUAUAUAUGUGUUGCUAAUUUAAUUGGUAUUUGUUUAGAAAUGCUUUUUCGAUAAGUUUUGUGUCUAUGUACAUUGUGUUCGUAGCUGUGUUUCUCUAUUUUACUUUUA